CACAUGGAUCUGCAGUCUGCACCGUGCAAGCAUCAGAGCCAAAUCAACGUACAGUACAACCAUUUGUAUUUUCAUUAUGGUUCAUAAUGUUAGGUAAUCGUUUUCUUUUUGAAUCAAAUCUCGAUCCAGAAUUCCAGUGUGAGAAUCCGAGAUUUCCAGUCAACGGCUUCUCUCCCUCUCCACCGGUCCCGUACAGCAAGCUCCAAUCCGACCCGCCGCUGUUCCCUACAGCUGCUGGCCGUGCCGUAGACUAGCGUCACCGCCGACGCCGACCCUGCUUCGAAGCCCACCGCCUCUCGCACGUAUCGCCGUCCCCGUUCUACCUCGUCGGCUCGUCGCGGCGUCUGCUGUCUCAACCUGUCCGCAAUCUUGGCCAUUGCUGCUUCAUGUGAUGACAUUCUUAGACCAUCGUUUCCAUUAGCUGUUACAACAAAGAGUUACAAAAUGCUGAGAAGCUCCAAGUUUCUUCCUGUUGGUUCAUCAACCGAACAACUAUAGUAUAUAUGAGGGGAGGGAACUCAGAUGAUUUUUGCCGCUGCCAGGUGUGCCUUGGCAAGUACACACUACUUGGCGAUGAAGAAAACCCAAGGUUGGCAAUGUUCGAAAGAAGCCUUCCCUUCUUUGGUUGUGGAAUUGGAUGGUGUUGUUUUCUCUUAGGUUUCCUGUGCCCUUUAAUUUGGUACAUAGCAGCUCUUCUUUAUUGCUGCAAGUACUACAACCGGGAUCCUCGAGAACGUCCUGGGCUUGCUGCUUCUGCUGUUCUGGCAACCAUCUUUACAGCAGCAACUAUUGUUGCCCUUUCUGUUUUACUGAUAAUGUGCGUAAAUAAACGAUUUUUGAAUAGCUGUGCUAGCUGACUGGAAAGUAUAGAGUAGCUAGCUGCAAGAUAUUCAGUGCAUAUCGUUGAAGAAUGAUUUACUUGACAGAGAUAUUCUUUAGAUUCCUUUAUUCAUCCAUUGCUGGAAUCACCAGGAGAACGUGAAGGAUUGGCCUUAGCGUGAUAGCAUAUCGGCACUGUCAGCUAUCAGUUGAUCUUGAGUGUAGAUAACUGUACAAUUUUGUACCUACAGAUUUACCUGUUAUCAUUUUUUAUACUGCCAAGUGCCAACCACUUGGAAUUCAUUCUUUCUGGCACAAUUCAAAGAUUUCAUGUGCAAAUUGCGAUAUAUCAGCUAGCACUGAAAUAAUUUUAUUUGUAUAUUAGCAUUCUGUCUAUGCGAAUUAGUAAGCGGAAGAGUUAGUAUA